AUGAAGUUGCCGAUCUGCUACUGGCGGGAGGUGGCGGCGUUGGGUGUUGGGCUAAGAAGACGACGGCGGGUGACCAUAUCGGAGGCGUCUGGACGGGUGGCCGGAGGUGGACGGUGGGUGGAUGCCAGAACCCGGCCGAAACAACAAAAAUUUGAACAUCUGGAAACGCACGAUUUUUUUGUUAUGGUAGUAUUUACUCAACUGGAGGCGGCGCGCCUGGAGCCCUGUGGCGGAGGAAUACGGUGGCUGCUUAGGAAGGCGACGGUCUCUGUGUGUGUGGGGUCGGAGGAGAGCGGCGGAAUCGCACACUUGAACGGUGUGCGUGUGUGUCGGAGACGGCGGUGUCGCAGCGGCGAGUGGCGGCGGAGUUGCAGAGGCGAGCGGCGGUAUUGUUGCAGUGGCGAUCGGCGGCGGUUUUAG